AUGUUGUGGAAACAAGUGAGACACCUAGGGAAAACACCGACAGUCUACGCCACUGCCCUCCUGCUAGCGACAGCAACUAGAGCUCACCUCUGCCAGCAGCAGAGUCCCAAGUCUAGUCCGAAUAUUUUCAUACCUGAUCAGAACAACUUCAUGGCACAACCCAAGCUUAUUGUAUUUGAUUUGGACUACACUCUUUGGCCAUUCUGGGUUGACACACAUGUGGAUCCUCCAUUUCGCAUGGCAUCAAAUGGCAAAGUCUAUGAUGCUCACAAGAAACAUGUCAAGUAUUAUGAAGAUGUGCCUGACAUCCUGAAGAAGUUACACAGUGAAGGCUUCAAGCUUGGGAUUGCUUCCAGAACAGGUGCGGUUCAAGAGGCGUCUGACCUGACUAGGCUCUUUAACUGGGACCAGUAUUUCCACUACAGACAAAUCUACCCAGGCUCUAAGAUCACACAUUUCAAGAAACUCCAUUCAAGAAGUAAUAUUAUGUUAGACUCUAUUCAAGAAUCCAAUGAAGAUCACA